GUACUUUAAAAGAAUGUGCAUUCUGUUGAUGUCAGUCUGUAUUUUAUUAUGUCAAAAUUUUAUGGUAUUGUUCAAAAUUUUAUAUAUCCUUGUUAAUUUUCUGCCUGGUUUCACUAUCAGUUAUUGAGAAGGAAGUAUAAAAUCUCCAACUUUUGUCAUGUUCUGCAUCACAAAGUUCCAGUGAAUGAUGGACAGCAUAUAUAAUGGUGAACCCAUAAGAUUAUAGUGAGCUGAAAAAUUCCUAUCACCUAUUGAUAUUGUAACCAUCAUAUUUUCAUUGUGCAAUGCAUUUUCACAUCUUUGUGAUAAUGUUAGUGUAAAUGAAUCUGCUGCACUGCCAGUUAUAUAAAAAUAUAGUAAACACAAUUAUGUACAGUAUAUUAUACUUGAUAAUAAUAAUAAACUACUAGGUUACUGGUUUAUAUAUUUUCCUAUAUUAUACUCUUUUUCAUUAGUUUAGAAUGUAUCCCUUCUGCUUAUAUAUUUAAAAAGUUUACUGUAAAACAUGCCAGAUUAUACCAGCAGCAGUAUCAUACAUAUCAUGUUUUGUGUUUACAGCAUCUCUCUCUCUCUCUCUCUUUUUUUUCCCCCUUAGUACUGCGGGUUGAAACUAGGGGUACUAUACCUCUAAGAGACUUCCUCACUCACCAACCCCCCCGCCCCAAACACUUUUUUUUUUUUGAGUCAGGGCCUUGUUAGUUUGCCCAGGCUGACCUUAGACUUGUGAUCCUCCCACUUCAGCCUCCCAGUAGCUGGGAUUACUCAUGUACACCAUGCACUCCCCUUACUGCAUCCGUUGAUUGCAUAAUUUUUUUGUGUGCUUGAUUUAAUUUCAUGUUAUUUUGUUCAUCAUGGCCCCUAAGCAUGAAAUCCAUUGCUAAUUUUGCCACUAAGGGACCAAGCCCUGACCUGGAAAUGUAAAAUUAUUAGGGACUAUAUGUAAGUUGAAAAUCAGUGAUGGUUAUUGCUCACUAGUCCCAUCCCACCAUAGCUGUGAGCUUGAAGAGCAAGAACAAAGUGCAAAGUGUUAAAGGAUCUGCUUCAUUGAAGUAAAUGAAACUAACAAAAAUUUAACAAAAACCUGUAUUAAUUAUGGAGAAACUUCUAAAGCCCUCAAUAGCACAGAAGGUAUCCCUCUUAGCACCAUAAUGAUCAUGACCAAAGCAAAAUGAUUAUAUGCAAGCUUGAAAGAAAAGACUGGACUUAACUAUGAUGUUGAAUUUACUGCUAGCUUUGGGUAGUUUAAAGGAUUCCUGAAUCAUUAUUCAUUACAUGUGAAAAUGAAUGGUGAAUCUAAGUUCUGAUGUGAUGGCAGCUGAAGAAUUUUUAGAAACUCUAUAUAAGCUCAUUGUAGAGGAAAAUUACUUGCCAGAGCAAAUCUGACAAGAGCAAUCUGGCAGAGUAAUAGGCUAGGCCAUAUAGCCUAAGUGUAUAGUAGUCUACAUUAUCUAAGUUUGUGUAACUAUUCUAUGUUUGUACAACAAUGAAAUUUCCUAAUAAUAGUAAGAGAAAUAUUAUUAAUGAAUUAUUUGUUUCUGCUUUCAGCAUUAUCUUAGUUGUUAUUUCUCUGUGAGUGUUCUAUUCCCAUUUUGUUUUAGAGGAUAGUUUUCCUGGCUAGAGAAUUGCUGGUGGACACUUUUGUUUCUUUUUUCUUUUAGCACUUUGAGCAUGUCAUUUUGUUGCCUUCCCGUCUCUUUAUUUCUAGCAAGAAGUCAUCAUUAAUGAUAUUACUUUCCCCCUAUACAUGAUUUUGCUUUUGCUGCUUUUCAGACUUUUUCCUUGCCUUGAUCUUUCAACAACUUGGAUAUGAUGUGUCUAGAUAUGUCUAGAUAUGGAUCUCUUUGUAUUUGUCCUAGUUGGCAUUGGUUAAACAGCUUGGUUCUGUAGGAUAUUGUUUUCUCUCAAAUUGGGACAUUUUUAAUCAUUAUAUUCUUCAAGUGUUUUUUUUUUUCUUUACCCUUUGUCCCCUCCUCUCCUAAUUCCUAUUAUAUGUAUGUUGAUAUCCUUGAUAUUCCAGAAAUUUCUCAGAUUCUGUUCCUUUUUCUCCCUUUUUCUUUGUGUCCUUCAUAUUGGAUUAUUUCUGUUGAUCUAUCCUCAAAUGCACUGCUUUGAUCAUUUUGCUUUCUCAAAUCUGCUACUGGGGGCUUAUAAUAAGUUUUAAAUUUUUCAUUAUUGACUUUUCAAGUCAUGUUUUUUAAUAGUUUCUCUUUAUAGAUUGUAUAAUUGCCAUUGUAUUUUCCUUUAAUUCUUUAAACAUAAUAUCCUUUUAAUUAUUUGGCCCUAUUUAUAAUAGAUAUUUUGAAAUCUUUGCUAAAUUCUACAUCUGAGUUCAUCCAGGAGCAUUUUCUCUUGACUGCUUUUUCUCCUUAUUAGGGAUCACAUAGUUUUUGUUAAAAAAAAAAAUGUGUUUGUACCAUCUUUGAAUUCUGAUUAUUUUUUUCUUCUCUGUGGGUUACUUUUAUAUAUCUUUUAUUUCAUUUUAAUAACAUCUUGGUCUUAAUCUAUGGAAUCUGUAUGCCCCAGAUGUGUGACUGCUGAUUUCUCUGUUCUAUUUUUAGUCUUUUUUCCUCCACUUUAGAGUUUUAUUUUUUUUUAACCUGGCUUCCUAAGGGUUUCUUGUGUCUCCAGAAUUUAGUUGUAUAAUGUUCAAUCAGAGGUUGUGUUCAAACACUUUCAGCUAGUCUGUGCUCAUGGAACUGUGUAUGGAUUGGGAGCAUAUUUAAUGUUCAGGCAAUUUUUAGGUGUGUAUCAGCUUUAGCUUUCCAAUGGGCCCUCUUGGGUCUCCCUUGUUCAUGUCACAGCUUCUUAAUCAGCAAGUGACAUGUGAAUAGUUCCACCCUCUCUCAUUUCCAUUUUCCUUGUUAAAUUGCUAGUCCACCAGUCUGCUGUUUACUUCUUGCAAGCCCAUAACCUUAGAAUAGUGAAUCUGGGCAUUUCUCCCAUUAAUUCUUUACAGUUUUUUUUUUUAAUUGACAGUAUUACUAAUGUAGAGUUUGAGUCUUAAGUCCAAAUCUCAUAACUUCUCUGGUAGUGAAAAUACUAGUUUUCAUGACCAGCUCUACUCUGAUAGAAGCAUUGUACUGACUGAGCUGUGAAGAAAUAUGAGUAGCUAUGGACAAGAACAUCACAAACUCCCAGUAUUCUCAUGCAAAGUUCAGUAUUAUUUAAUGAAAUGCUUUCAGUUUGCUUGAUUAUCAAAACAAUAAAACCAUUGUUUUUGAAAAUUUUGUCUAGCUUGACAGUUCAUUUCUAGGGGGAAAUUUUCUAAAGUACUAUCUCCAGAAUUUCAGAAGUCUUGCCUUACCAGGCAGCAUUUUUUUUUAAUGAAUACAUUUUGAUCAACAUAAUAGUUUGGAUUCAUUGUUACAUAUUCCUACAUACACAUAAUUCCCAUAAUUGUGUGUGUGUGUGUAUAUAUAUAUACACACACACAUAUAUUUUUUCUUCUCUCUAGCUUCCACAUAUGAGAGAAAACAUAAGACCCUUGACUUUCUGAAUUUGAAUUAUUUUGCUCAACAUCAUGCUCUCCUGUUCCAUCCAUUUUCCUGCAAAUGUCAUGAUUUUGUUCUUAUUUAUGGCUGAGUAAAACACUAUUGUGCAUAUAUACCAUAUUUUCUUUAUCCAUUCAUCUGUUGACAGGCAUCUAGGCUGUUCCUUAACUGGCUAUUGUAAAUUCACUGCUAUAAACUCGCUAUAGUGUACUGACUUUAAUUCUUUUGAAAAAUGCCAUGGAGUAGGAUAGCCGGAUUAUAUGGUGGCUCCAUUCUUAGUCUUUUGAGGAACCUUCAUACCCAUUCCAAAGUGGUUGGACUAAUUUACAGUCCUAACAACAGCCAAUAAGCACAAUCAUUCCUUUUUCCCUACAUCCUUAUGAGAUUUUAUUAUUACUGUAUUCUUGUAUGGAUGCCAUUGUAACUAGAGUGGGGUGAAAUCAGUGUAGUAUUGAUUUGCUUGUCCCUGAUUACUAAAAAUGUUGAACAUUUUUUCAUAUAUUUAUUGGCCAAACAAAGUUUUUCUUUUGAGAAAUGUCUAUAUGGUUCAUUUGACCUGGCAACUUUUAAAUUUGGUAAAUUUGGUUUCUCAAGUUCUACCUGACAAGGCACCAUUCUCUAGGUCUUUGUACCAUUUUUGUAAAAACUUGGGGUAUCUGGGAUUAGAACAACCUUUCACGAUGCCAUCCAGUCUGCCCAUCUUGAUGUACAACCUGUCAUCUUAUUCUUGUUUGAUGUGAGGUAUUUUAUACUUAAACAAUAACUGCCAGUAACUUUUUUCUAUAUUGUCUUUUUUUGAGUAGCAUAUGGAUGGCAUCUGAUUCUGUUUGCAAUGCUGAAUUUAAUGGAAGUUUAUAAAUAAAUUAUUCCUCCUUUAUAAAUGCAUGUAUAUGUGUAAAUAUAUGUAUAUAUUGCAUUAUAUUUUGUCUCUGCCAUAAUACAGAAUGUUUAAAUGGUUAACAUUUGUGCUGCAGUAUAGCUUUCUGGCUCAUGAAAAAUGAAAGCUAUCAGCGAUCUGGGCAAUAAGAUUCAUCGCCAAUAGUCACUAGCAACAGCACACAGCAUUUUAAUAUCAGUGAGGUCCACAGCUAGCAGUAAGAGCUGGUGUAAUUGAAAGACGUUUAGGUGCAAUCAUUCUGCUGUUUGUUCCUUGCCAGAUUCAACAUGGGAUUGUCACGCAAAUCAUCAGAUGCAUCUGCUUCCUCCUCUUCAGAAAUAUCUGUGAAGGAAUUUCUAGCCAAAGCCAAAGAAGACUUUCUGAAAAAAUGGGAGAAUCCACCCCCGAAUAAUGCUGGACUCGAGGAUUUUGAAAGGAAAAAAACCCUUGGAACAGGUUCAUUUGGAAGAGUCAUGCUGGUGAAACAUAAAGCCACUGAACAGUAUUAUGCCAUGAAGAUCUUAGAUAAGCAGAAGGUUGUUAAACUGAAGCAAAUCGAGCAUACUUUGAAUGAGAAAAGAAUAUUACAGGCAGUGAAUUUUCCUUUUCUUGUUCGACUGGAGUAUUCUUUCAAGGAUAAUUCUAAUUUAUACAUGGUUAUGGAAUAUGUCCCUGGGGGUGAAAUGUUUUCACAUCUAAGAAGAAUUGGAAGGUUCAGUGAGCCCCAUGCGCGGUUCUAUGCAGCUCAGAUAGUGCUAACAUUUGAGUACCUCCAUUCAUUAGACCUCAUCUACAGAGAUCUAAAACCUGAAAAUCUCUUAAUUGACCAUCAAGGUUAUAUCCAGGUCACAGACUUUGGGUUUGCCAAAAGAGUUAAAGGCAGAACUUGGACAUUAUGUGGUACUCCAGAGUAUUUGGCUCCAGAAAUAAUCCUCAGCAAGGGAUACAAUAAGGCAGUGGAUUGGUGGGCAUUGGGAGUGCUAAUCUAUGAAAUGGCUGCUGGCUACCCACCAUUCUUUGCUGAUCAACCAAUUCAGAUUUAUGAAAAGAUUGUUUCUGGGAAAGUUCGAUUCCCAUCCCACUUCAGUUCUGAUCUCAAGGACCUUCUAAGGAACCUGCUCCAGGUGGAUCUGACAAAGCGAUUUGGAAAUUUAAAAAACGGUGUGAGUGAUAUAAAAACUCACAAGUGGUUUGCCACAACAGAUUGGAUUGCUAUUUACCAGAGGAAGGUUGAAGCUCCAUUCAUACCAAAGUUUAGAGGCUCUGGAGAUACCAGCAACUUUGACGACUAUGAAGAAGAAGAUAUCCGUGUCUCUAUAACAGAAAAAUGUGCAAAGGAAUUUAGUGAAUUUUAGAGAGGAACAAGAAACCGCCAGAGCUUACACUCAGUCUUUGCGCUCUGUUGAGAUAUAAGGUGGAGCUGAGACCGUCCUUGUUGAAGCAGUUACCUAUUCCUUCAUUCCAGCGACUGAGUGAGGUCUUUAUUGCCAUCACCCCUGUGUGCUCUCUGCAUCCACCUCUGUAAUAAGGCACCGCUAAGCAAGCAUUGUCUGUGCCAUGACACAGUAGAGACCACUUCCCUACUCUUUGGGUUGUCUUUCUCUCCCUCCUACAUCCAUUUCUUCCUUUUCCUUAGUUUUUCUGUAAACAGUGCUCCAUUUUAUUUUGGUGGUAUCUUAGAUGGGCAGUGUUAUGGUCAUGUGAUAUUUGGAAGAAAGGAUAAGUGUUGCUUUUAGUGGAUUUUGCCAAUAUUUUAUUGGUCAGUGGCUUCAAGACAAACUUUUUAAUAAUUAUUUUUACUUUUAGUAACUUAGACUCAGUUUUGCCAAAACUCCUAACUUUUUUGAGGAUUGAAUGCGUUAUCACCAAAGGAAAUAGCACAAAUUGAGACAAAAGAUUCUUGGAAUUCAAAAAUGAAUUUAGAAUAGCUUGACAUAGCAAUUUAGAUUCCUGGAUUCCUAUAGAACUUCCUAUAACCUGAGGUUCUUUUUCCCUUCACUUUCUCUCCUUAAGAAAUUAAAUAACAGUCUGUAUAGCAUGAAAGAUGUGUCUCAUUCCACAAGAAAAAAAUAAAAGAGAUGGAUCAUGGCCCAGACUUUCUUACUUGGUACCAACAUUUCUGUAGGUAUUAGAGAAGAGUUCUAAGGUUUCUAAACCUUAACUUUCCCAUAAGGGUUAAAGCCAGUAUUUUAACAGAAUGUGAUUAAUAUAGGUGGCAAAUUUAAAUUUUCAGUCUUCACUAUAAACCUUUUAAAGGAAAAGAAGCAAACUAAAAAAGUAUUGGUUUGGAUGAAUACUUUGCUAAGUCAAACAAAUGGCUUAAUUCUUGAAAACAAUAUAUAUUCCUAUUUAAGUGAGUUUUUUUUUCUUUGUUUUGCUUUAUAUUAAGAACAAAAGAAAUUGUUAUCUGCUUAUUGUUCUGGUGUACUGUAUUUUUAAGCCUAAGGUAGGGGCACUGUUGCAACUUCUGCUUUCAUCCCAUGCCUCAGCAAUGAGGAAAGGGGACAAAAUUCAUAAAAUUGCCACAUUUGUAUUUUAAUUUUGGGGUGUGAUAUUUUUAGAUGUUGUAAUUUCUAACCUUUUCUCUUGGUAAAGAGAUUAUAUGACCAUGCAGAUACAAUUUAAGUAUUUGAGUUUAGUUAUUUUUUAUACUUUUUUGCCAACUGACUUAAUGUUGCUGUCAUAUGGAAAUUUCAAGCACUUUUGCACAUUUAGUUCAGUGUUUGUUGAGAAUCCAUGGCUUAACUCAAUUUUUUUUUUUACUAUAUUUCUUCUUUCCUUUUAAUUUUCCCUAUCUGGUUUUUAUCUCUGUGUCUCAGUGACCUAUCUUAAAACAACACACCAAAAUAGCUUAAACUGUGUUCAUUUUUUUAAUGAUCAAUUUAUGUGCAUAAAGAUGAACUGUUUAUAGUGCAACUGAUCUUCUUGUAUAUUACUGUUCUAUUUGCUUCCUUAUUGGUGCAAGUAGGUCACUGACACCACAUCUCAUCUAUACUGCCCUUUACAAAACCUUUGAAGACAGUGAAUAAUACUGUCUGAAAUGUUCUGUCCACCAAUCUGUAUGUCCUUUCAGUGUCAAGUGUUUCUGCAUGGUAAUGUCACAUAAGGCUGAUGCUGAUUUCAGUUGGUUCACCUAUAUUUAAAUGUGCAAGUAAAAUUUGAAACACUUUGCCAUAGCAAGUUUUAUGUAACAAAGAUAUAUCAUCAUGUUAAUAGAUUUAAAACAUCAUUUGUAUAAAAUAUUUUAAUUAAUUUUUUUUGUAUUUCAUUUAGAACCAAGAACAUGCUGAUCAUUGCAUUCUAUAUAUAUGCUACAAAUUCUAUGGUAGCUUUAUUGUAUAUUAUUGUAAAAUUAUUUCAAUAAAUCAUGGGGAUGAUGCUUUGAUUAUUACAAUUUAGUUUUCAGUAAUCGAAAAAUUUCUAUAAAUUCAAAAAAUAUUUUUUUCUAUGAAAUUACUAGUGUCCAACUAUAGAAUCUACCCAAGUAGACGACCCCUAGGUGUACAUUGGUUUCUGAGGGCUAUUCUGCCAUUCCAUUUUACUAUUUGAAAAAUAUGAGCAAACUGUCAAAUGUCAUGGGAGUCUAUUUCUGACCAAUCAAGUACACUAAAUUAAAAUAUUUUUAAAGUAUAUGAAGUUCUCAGUUUCAGCCACAGUAUAGCCAAGAACAAGAUUAAAAACUUGAAUUUUAAAAAGUGGCAAAAAAUAGUAAUAAUCUCAAAUUACAUUAUGUGAAACAGUUAUAUUUUUGCCCAGUAAAUAAUUGAGAUAGCAUUGUAUGGGAAGGAGUCCUAUACUGAAGGUCAAGACAUCUGAGUUUAAGGCCAGAAAACUAUCAGAAUGACCCUGGCUUCCAUUCUCCUACCUGUAGAAUAGAAGGAUUAGAUUAGGCACUUUCUGAGGUCCCUUCUAACUUUCCUGUGUUAUGACAAGAUUUUCCCUCUUCUCUUCUCUUCUCUUCUCUUCUCUUCUCUUCUCUCUUCUCUCUAUAUCUCUUAUUUUGUGAUAUUUUGAAGGGAUAUCAUGCUUUCAAAUAAGUCUCAGUCAUGUGAUGUACUUUUGGGCAUCUUUCUUCUUAUCUCUGACAGUGUUCUUACAAUUAUUUGAAUAUCAUGAGAACCUUGUGUAUGUCCUGAUUCCUUACUCAUUCACUGAUGCUAAAUACACAGUUGCUAUCAAACUGUCAACCUACCAAAAAAAAAAAAAUACUGUGGCUUUUGGGUAUCGCUGUCUUGUUCUUGGUAUGUUCUUGUACUGACUGCCCACUGGCCUGGAAAUAUUCAUUUUAGGCCUGGAAAAAAAAUCAUUUUUCUUUCCCACUAAUUGUUUUUUCUGCUUGUGUAAGAAUCAAAUGAAAUAAUGUGUGUGAAAGCACCUUGUAAACUGUAAGCUAUCAAUGUAAAAUGUAAAAGUGUAUUGUUACUUCAUUAAUUACUUCUUUGUUUAGAAUGGAAUUUCCUGUCACUACCAUAGCUAGGAAAUGCUGAAAACAACCGUGUUUUUUAAUUAAUCAAUAACUGCAAAAUUAAAGUAUCUUCAAAGGAUAAAA